AUGAACUGCUCGUUCGACACUGGGACUGCUGGUCUAAAGGACAGUUCCUUGUUCAAUGCAAUUUGGACUGCACGAAAGAAGUCAAAACGUUCCAGUGAUGUACAAAUCGGGCGUCUGCAGGUCAAGAAGGUAAAGCAUCUCGCAACCGGAGGCCAAAUGUUUAACAAUGGUGAUGUAACGCUUAGAAUGCGUCAAGAAAAAGAAGAAGCUUCAAUAAAGAAAGAUGAACCUUCUUCAACCAAUAUAACCAAGCACAAAAUAAAAGAGUCAAUACCUAUCGAGGAAUGCAAAGAAAUGAUUUCCAAUUCUGAUUAUGUAAAAAACAAUAGGGUGUUUUCGGAAGACAUCGAAAAUAUUUUAGAAAAUCAUAAAGCUAAUUACGAAGAAAAAGACGAGUUAGCUGAAGAUGAAUUUGAAAAAAGUUUAACAGAAGCAGAUAUCAUCAAUAUAAGUUCGAAUAGGCCUUCUUUAAUGAGUAAAGAACUUUUAAGUAGAUUAAAGGAAGAAGCACAAUCUCAGCCCCCACCUCGCAUUAAGGUUGAUGGACUUAAAAAGAAUGAAAAUGAUGUUCCUUCAUCUAAAUGGCGUCGUGAAAUGAUUUACCAAAACAGUAACGCCUCUGCACGUAAGGCAGAUGGUAUUCUUUUCAAUUAUGAAAAUACCAGUCAAGAGUCCUUACUUUUUGAGAACAUCGGUCCACCGUUGAAGACCAAAAAUCCCAAGUAUAAUGGCGAUCUUUUAAAAUGUUUUCGAAACUCUGUAGAUUCUAUUUGCAAAACUUUUUGGAAUGGAAAUGGAGACGUAGAAUUUGCAAAGAAGUAUUACGUAUUAGCAUAUGUGUUGCACAAGGACAAAGGCGAACUGUUUAGAUUGAAUUUGGGUGCUCCUAAAACAUUUGUCGCUGAAAGGAUACUAACAGUUCAUUACUCUUUUGAAUAUUCGACCUUUCCUUGCAUUGUCGGCAUUAUUGAUCUCCUUCUUACAGUUAAGGCUAUUUUCGAAUCCAAUAUGGAUGUUCUUCACGAUUAUUCAAAGUCAUGCAUGGAAAUAUCUAAUAAUUUUACACCAGUUCGAGAAUGGCUUAGUUUGAAUAGGAACAGCCUCUGA